ACCCCACUGGUUUUUCCGAUGGAUUUCCAGGUGGUGGCUCUAGCCGGCGGCACUUCGAAGAAUCUCGUUCCUCUCGUCUCCAAGGUCGGCGAAGGCACUUACGGUCAAGUUUACAGGGUUAAAGAAAAGAAAACGGAUGAAAUUGUUGCUUUGAAGAGACUACGAAUGGACAAAGAGAGAGAAGGGUUUCCAAUCACUGCAAUACGUGAAAUCAAAAUUCUAAAUCACAAGAAUGUAAUUGAGCUUAAAGAAAUUGUGAUUUCUCAAGGUAAUAUUGUCAAAUGCUAUAUAUCUAUGCAGCCAUUUCUCAAGGUAUGGAGUCGAAGAUCAAACAGGCUUUAAGUCAUCAAGUGUGGGGUAUAUACUUAAGUACGCGUCAGUUAUGCAGACUACUAUUUUUUUUUUUUUAUGUACAUUAAAAGUUUGUGUAUCAAUAAAUUUUAUUUUAUUUU